AUGGAGACUAAGAGAAGAAGCAUCAUACGGAACGUCAGCGGUAGUCCCAUAAUACCCAUUGAGGGAACUUUCCAUUCAAAUUCCAAUAUAAACUCACAACUUUCCAAUUCUUCUAGAAGAUCCAUAACUGAUCAAACUCAAUAUUAUAAUAGUGUGAAACAUGUUAAGGGGGAGCUGGCACCUACAGUGAAUUCAUCUUCUAUGAUCAAGAUCUUACUUAUAGGUGAUGCUGGUGUGGGAAAAUCUGCUUUAAUUGUAAGGUAUUGUGAUGAUUAUUUUAAUGAAAGUGUAUCAAAAUCUACUGUUGGUGUUGAUUUGAAAGUUAAAUUAGUUAGUGUUGAUAAUAAAUUCUUCAAAACUGUUAUUUGGGAUACUGCUGGACAGGAAAGAUAUAGAAAUCUGAUACCUUCUUUAUAUAAGGGAACAAAUGGAGUUUUAUUGACUUAUGACGUAACAGAUUAUCAAUCUUUUGAAGGUUUAUAUCAUUGGAUUAAAGAAUGUUAUGAUAAUUGUGAUUUAUCAAGAACCAUUUUCUAUAUAGUGGGGAAUAAGUUAGAUCAACAUGAAAAAAAAGUUAAUAAAGAUGAUAUAAGGAAAUUAUUGAAAUUUGUUAAAGAUAAUUAUAAAGGUUUCAAAAUUAAUGCAAUUUUUGAAGUCAGUGCUAAAUAUUCAGGUUUUGUUAUGGGGCUAUUUGAUAAUAUCAUAAAAGAUUUAGUGGAACAUCGUUGUUACUUUGAUGAACAACGAUUAAGAAAUAAAAGAAGUAUUGAUCUUUCAACUGCAAGAGAUGAUCAACAUGCAAAUUGUUGUUCAUACUAA